UUAAAACGAUAUUGAACAAAUAAAUCAAAAUUAAACAAACACAAAAACAAUACACAUACAUAUUAAAAAUGUAUCAAUCAGCUUUAACACCCUUAACUACGCCCAAUAUUGAGCAACGUCUUCAAGCGCCCAACAACAGUAACAACACUCCCACAAAGUGCUGUAAAAUUUGCAAAAAGUUGCCGGAAGAGCGUAGCAAGCGGCGAUCUCGAGCUGUUAAUGAAAAAAAUAUAAUGACAAUCACCAGAACAACCACCACCACCAACAACAACAACAAUAAUAAUAAUAACACUAACAACACCGAUCCACUUGAAACACCCACACCAAAUACUGCAUGUCACAUAAUGCUGGCUGACACUAUAACAACAGCAUUGCAAGAUGCCGCCGCUUUAGCAUAUAAUAACGGUAACAAAGCAACCACAGCCAACAAUGAUGCCGAAAUUGCAAUAGCUGGCGGCACGUUUGCGCAAAACCGACGCCGCCAACUAAUACUGCGUCGUCUAUGUGCGCUAAUUUUGUGCUGUACACUCUUCUCCACCGUCGACGCUUGUGGUCCCGGUCGGGGUAUUGGUGGACCGCGUAAAUAUCGUAAACUUACACCGUUGGUUUUCAAACAACAUGUGCCGAAUAUGUCCGAGCGUACGUUGGGCGCUUCCGGACUGAAUGAGGGACAGAUUAAGAAAAACUCACCGAAAUUUAAGGAUUUGGUACCAAAUUAUAAUAGCGAUAUUAUAUUUAAGGAUGAUGAAGGCACCGGCGCGGAUCGGUUGAUGUCGAGGCGCUGCAAAGAAAAACUUAACAUUUUGGCUGUUUCUGUGAUGAAUCAAUGGCCGCGCGUACGUUUGCGUGUCAUCGAGAGUUGGGAUGAGGAUAAUCAACAUCACGCCGACUCGUUACAUUACGAGGGCCGUGCGGUCGAUAUAACAACAUCCGAUCGGGAUACCAGUAAAUAUGGUAUGCUAGCACGUUUGGCCGUGGAGGCGGGUUUCGAUUGGGUCUACUAUGAAAGUCGAGCGCAUAUACAUUGCUCAGUGAAAUCAGACUCUCAACAUUUGCCACACGUGAGCGGUUGUUUUGCUGCCGACAGCAGCGUAUUGCUGGAGAGCGGAAAAUAUAAGUCAAUGCGCGACUUGACAAUCGGCGAUCGCGUGCUCGCCAUGAACGCGAAAGGCCAACCCGUCUAUAGUGAAGUUAUACUCUUUAUGGAUCGAAAUUUGGAACUGGUGGAGAAUUUCGUACAAAUACAUACAGAUGGCGGCGCUACUCUAACAGUAACGCCAGCACAUUUGGUACUGGUGUGGCAUCCGCAAGAACAACGACUCGAAUAUAUAUUUGCCGAUCGUGUGCAGGAAGAUGAUUAUGUGCUGGUACACGACAAAUAUGGCCGUUUGAGUCCACAACGUGUGCUACGGCUGAAGGUGGCGCAUAAACCGGGCGUUGUAGCGCCGCUAACACGUGAGGGCACCAUCGUGGUAGACUCGGUGACAGCAUCCUGUUAUGCGGUGGUGAAUAGUCAAAAAUUGGCACAUUGGGGCUUGGCGCCUAUGCGUCUGAUGGCGACAAUGCGUUCGUGGCUGCCGGGUAGCAAUGAAGUGGACGCGUUGGCGGAGCAACCAAAGAGCGUCAAUGCCAAUUCAACGAUAUCCGCUGCGACGACGCCCACAGCAGGUAUACACUGGUAUGCGCGAUUUUUAUAUGCAAUAAAGGAUAUUGUGUUGCCGCAGGAGUGGCGUUACCAGUGACCUGGCGGAGGAGAGCCGCACAGCUGCUAGUUGGCAGGCCUCGUUCGCUAUUUAGCCGAUAAAGUACCAUGCUCGGUGCAAAAUGCUGAUUUAGGCAAAAUGAGACAUCACCGUUUAGUUUUUAGAAA